CGCCGUUUGGACACAUGCUGGGCACAGAGUCCGGCGCACUUCCUGGGGGCUUGGAUGAGUGGGUGUGUGUUUGCUCUACCUCAUUCAGUCAUUCAGUGCGACGUUUUAUUAAAGUUGUAAGAUGGCGACGGUGCAUCUGAGGAUCGGGGACCUAGUGUGGGGGAAGCUUGGUCGAUACCCACCAUGGCCAGGGAAGGUCGUAAGCCCUCCCAAGGACCUGAAGAAGCCCAGGGGCAAAAAAUGUCAUUUUGUGAAAUUCUUUGGAACUGAGGACCAUGCCUGGAUCAAAGUAGAACAGCUGAAGCCCUACCACCCCCACAAAGAGGAGAUGAUCAAGAUAAAUAAAGGGAAGCGCUUCCAGCAGGCGGUGGAUGCAGUGGAAGACUUCCUGAAGAAAGCCAAGGGGAAGGAACAGAACUCAGACAGCAAAGCAGAGUCGAAAGGAAAGAAGACACGCAACAAGCCCCUGAAAAUACUUGAGGAGGAUGAUGAGGACCUCAGCGCUCUGAAGGACCCCUCUGAGAAGGACUUAACUGACUCUGACCCCGAGCCGUCCACUCAUGAGAGGCUGGGGGCUGGACUCGGUUCAGGAUACAAAUGGGAGAGCAGUCCUGUGAGAGAUGAUCCACAUUUCCAUCACUUCCUCCUCAGCCAGUCUGAGAAGCCAGCCUCGUCCAUGGAGCCCAUCAGCAAGCGCCUGAAGAUCAUUGAAGAGGACACAGGGUCAACAUCUAUCCAAGCAGCAGACAGCACAGCCAUCAACGGCAGCAUCACACCUACAGAUAAGAGGAUAGGGUUCCUGGGGCUGGGGCUGAUGGGGAGCGGGAUCGUUUCCAACCUGCUGAAAAUGGGUCAUGUUGUCACAGUGUGGAACCGCACAGCAGAAAAGUGCGACCUGUUCACCCAGGAGGGGGCCCGGUUAGGCCGCACUCCUGCAGAGGUGGCCUCCACAUGUGACAUCACUUUCUCCUGUGUCUCUGACCCAAAGGCGGCCCGGGAUCUGGUGAUGGGCCCCAGUGGAGUGCUGCAGGGGAUCAGGCCGGGCAAGUGCUACAUAGAGAUGUCCACCGUGGACCCAGAGACCAUCACAGAAAUCUCACAGGUGAUCACAUCGCGGGGCGGCCGGUUCCUGGAGGCUCCGGUGGCAGGAAGCCAGCAGCUCUCCAACGAUGGGAUGCUGGUCAUCCUGGCGGCGGGGGACAGGACGGUGUACGAGGACUGCAGCAGCUGCUUCCAAGCCAUGGGCAAGACCUCCUUCUUCCUGGGGGAAGCCGGUAAUGCAGCGAGGAUGAUGCUGAUCCUCAACAUGGUGCAGGGCAGCUUCAUGGCCACCAUUGCAGAAGGGCUGACCCUGGCCCAUGCCACCGGCCAAUCACAGCAGACCUUCCUGGACAUCCUGAGCCAGGGCCAGAUGGCAAGCACCUUUGUGGACCAGAAAUGCCAAAAUAUUUUACAGGGCAACUUUAAGCCGGACUACUAUUUGAAACACAUUCAGAAGGACCUGAGGUUAGCCAUCUCCAUGGGUGACACGGCCAACCAUCCCACCCCCAUGGCCGCUGCAGCCAAUGAGGUCUACAAGAGGGCCAAGGCACUGGACCAGUCAGACAACGAUAUCUCUGCUGUGUACAGAGCCUACAUCCACUGAGCUGGUUGGGAUCCGGCCCACCGUCUUCAAUCCUUCUUCUUUCUCCCUUGUCGAGUAAUGCAUUUCUUAUUUCAUUUUAAAUUCUAGUUAUUUGACUUCAUUUUGCCACAGCAGCCGCCAUGUUAGCGCCCACAAUUGAGGGGAUUGUUAUUCCUUAGUUGGGGGGCCUUGAGCAUUGCACUGACUGUACUGGGGUAUAAUUGCUGUGAGAGCUUGUACUACUGCAGUUGCUUUGUCUAGUUUCUGACAGCUGAAAUAGAAGUCAUGGUUUCCUGGAUGGAUCGCCCUAAAGAAGAUUCUUUUUUCGUUCAUGCGAAAAUGAGUAUAUUUAAUUGAGUGUGAUAUUUGCUUUUUGCUUUUCUUUGAAAUGUCCUGAAUUCCAUGAGAGAAAACACCAAGAACAUGCCACUGCGUUGCCUUAAUAUUGUGUAACCCCUCAAGUCUUUCAACGUUAGUAUUUAUUUAUGUUUCUUUCUAGGUCUGCUUGGUGCAGAUUGGCCAUUGCUUGGUUCUAUAUUUGAAGAGAUGAUUUAUGCAUUUACGUUAGUGUUUAUGAUCUUGAACAGUUUAAGGACAGAGCAACCGAAGUGUUGGGGCCUUAAAAUGCAGUAAUUAUUGAUAAAUCUGAUCUUGAGAUUUCUAUAUUUGAAACCCUUUGUUCUAACGUUUGGGAAGAGUUCUCAUUUACACUUUUUUCUUUUUUUAAAUGAUUACUCUGAAACUAGAUAAAGUCUACUUUUUGAGUUGCUUUUUAACGAAAGGAGAUAAUAUGCCCCCAUUUCAAUCGUCUUUUGAUCUGCUCAUUGGAGCUUUAAAUGGUGGCUGGGUUUCAUAAGCCAACUUUAGACUAUCAUUGGACAGUAUUCAAUUAUAAACUAAACAUUUUGAAGUUGUCCGGUGGUCGGACAGCUUCCUUUCAACCUACUCACCUCCACAGAUGUUAUAUUGAUAAACCAUUACAGCAGUCAAAACCCAACACACACACACACAGACUUGAGCUCAUAGAUAUGGAAACGUAACAAUCAAUGGAUUCCUUUUUUAUUAUUUAUUUCUUACAUUGCCCGCAACAGGAUUCAGGUUAAUGAAGGGGGGGGGCAGAUGGUCACAUGACAAGGACGGUCUUGACUGUGUAGUGGAGGUCUUCACAAGUUCACACUCAAACAGUGUGUCCAUUACAUAGUUUGUUUUACACUGUAAAUGUUCCUGCUCCAUACAUAUAUUAAAUACUCCUUCAAAAACUCAUUUUCUGAUAACUCAAAUGUUCUUGUGGUUUUCUGCUUCAAACAUUCUAUAUCUAGUAGGGAUCUACUUGUGUCUAGUUUAUGUUGAGUAUAAUUAUGUUAGACGGGUCAAGUUUUGUUACUGUGGUUCUCAGUUAUCUGCGUCAAUAUAUAAUGCCCUUAUCCAUUUGGAUUUAUAAUCAUCUGUGCUGCGCAGUAAAGUGUCCUGUCCAAUGAAGUUCCAUUUAGCAUUUUGUCAACCAUUUUCGACCUGAAGACCUACAUCACACCCAAACUAAUGCAGAUGUUAAUGUCCUACAUCACACCCAAACUAAUGCAGAUGUUAAUGUCCUACAUCACACCCAAACUAAUGCAGAUGUUAAUGUCCUACAUCACACCCAAACUAAUGCAGAUGUUAAUGUCCUACAUCACACCCAAACUAAUGCAGAUGUUAAUGUCCUACAUCACACCCAAACUAAUGCAGAUGUUAAUGUCCUACAUCACACCCAAACUAAUGCAGAUGUUAAUGUCCUACAUCACACCCAAACUAAUGCAGAUGUUAAUGUCCUACAUCACACCCAAACUAAUGCAGAUGUUAAUGUCCUACAUCACACCCAAACUAAUGCAGAUGUUAAUGUCCUACAUCACACCCAAACUAAUGCAGAUGUUAAUGUCCUACAUCACACCCAAACUAAUGCAGAUGUUAAUGUCCUACAUAUGCAAAAGAAACAUGGAAUAUAUUCUCAUAAGGAGCUCAACCCCACUGUCUUGUCACCUUCUGGGAUGUGAGUUAAACAUGGCAGCAAGCCACUUUUACCCAUGAUGCAGUAUGAUAUGAAGACACAGGAAAGCGUGCCCCAUCAAAACCUGUAAGAGCUCAUUGUGUUUAGUUUCUUUAGAGCCCACAGUUUUCAUCAGUUAAACGUACAUAAAUGAGUUUUUCAUAAAACAAUGCAUGUGCUCCAGUUUUAUUUGUCAAAGAAAUGCUAAAGCUUUUAGAUUGAAAUGCCCUUUCUACACUGGAGUGUAAAGAUGAGUUUUUAGAAGACGGAUGUAAAUAGCACAUUAGGUUGAGUAGGCUUUCUUUUAUAUCUACAAUAACCGGGAAUACUACUUUUGCUUUUGACUGCAGUCUAAAAUAUUUGUGUCUUAAUACCGUAGAUCGUUCAGUUCAAGUGUAAAUUGGUUAUUGUGUGGUUUAUAUAAUCUGGUUUAUGGCAUUUAAAUAACAAUGACUUGGAUCCCGUUAAAGGAAGGAGGGUGUACCUUUGGUUUCGGGGGAUAUUUAUCAUUUUGUGUACAUGUGGAAGUAUCAAGACUUUUGUGCUGUUUAAUAAAUGAUCUCCUGAUUACUGA